AUGGAUCAGUCUACUGCUUCUCCGGCGUCGUCCCGAAGGCGACAGAAAUUGAGGAUAAAAUGGUCGACCAAAUACGAGAUUGACUAUGGCAUCCAUUCAUAUGCUGGCCCUGGCUCGGGUCCCUCGUCUGGCAUUGGCAAUUCACCAUCUCCUCCAUUUAAGACCGAUAAUGCCCUUGUACUGUACUCUCCCCAGGAGGAAUCCUCCAAACUCUUAACACACUACUUCGCAUCAGCAUGUCAGGUCCUGUCGUCUUUUGACUCACCCAACAACCCUUACCGCUCAGAUCUGCUUGAGUUUAUUCGAAACUCCCCCAUUGUGUUCAAUAGUGCCUUGAGUGCAUCGGCUGCCCAUCUAAGCCAGCAAGAGCGAGACACAUCUUUGAUACCUUUGACCUUCCAGACGGAAGCUAUUUCACAUAUAUCGAGGGAGCUCGCCGAAAUGAACAGACUGACUCCUCUUCCCACCUUAACGGCACCAACGAUAAAGGAUGACUUGAUGUUGGGUAUAACUCUCAUUGGCAUGACCUCUAGCUGGCAUGAUCCUUCUUCUCUCGGCCUGUGCCAUUUUCAUGGUGCUCGAAAAGUGUUCAGGAUUUGGAUGAGCCAAUUCAACCUCAUGGACCUUCAGUUCCCGUCUCACCGCGUCCAACGCUUAAUCGUUUCAUCAAUGGUCUAUUGGGAAGUGAUGACCUCUUGCUUGAUUGAUCAAGAGGUUAGCGCACUCUCAUAUCUCGACGUGUUCUCCGUUCUGCCAUCCUCGACCUUUUGUUAUCCGUGUCCAUGGACCGGAGUCGGCACAAAUAUUUUGAUCAGCGUCGCUAAAUGCAUGGCAUUGGUACGGCAGAAACGACGUCUGAUUUCAUACAAUUACUCAGGAGAGGAUGAUAUAGAUAUAUCAAGCCGCACCCUCGAUUUACUCAGUCAAGCUUUCACUCUAAGUCUGGACAUAGACCACUGCCAAAUUCCAACUCCUGCAACAGUACAGAGUACGGGCGACUUCAGAACUCCGUCAGAUCAUCUCUGUAAGAUAGCUAAGUGCUAUCGACUAGUUGCUCGGCUUGAGCUUGAUCGGGCAUUCCCCGAACUCACGCAAUGCCUACAAGAUGACCAAAACCAAGACACAAAACUCUCACACCAUAUUUUAGAGCUUUCAGUAAAGAUAUUAGACAUUAUGAACACUAUUCCGGAGGACUCUCGAAUCAUUGCCAUCCAGACCAUCAUCUUACUAGCAGCGGGAAGUGCACUUGGAUCAAGUUCAAACACAAACCCCAACAUCAAAGUGUUAGUGGCAGACUGGAGGAGAUUUGUACUUGAGAGGCUGCAUAGGUCAUUCUUAUCUCUCAAACUUCAGACGAUUAAUAGGGCAGCGGCUGUGCUUCAGAGGGUCUGGGCACAGAUGGACUCAGUGGCCAUGGAGGGGCCUAAUUCCACAUCUUAUGAUAGGAGUCCAAUUUUACGCGUGCAUUGGAUUGAUGUUAUGACAGAAGCUGGACUGGAGACUAUUCUAGGAUAG